GACAGUGUAUCGCGUUUGUUCAUGAGACAGGUGUACAUGCUCGAAAGUUGGGGGUAAUAAUCCCAAACAAUCUUUCUUCUAUAACGCGAUUUAACAUUUUAGACGUAUUUCAAAGGUAAUCUGAUAACGGCAUCUGAUAUGUGCAUCCAUUCUUGAACUUCUAGAGGAACAUCAACCUUCAAAAGACUCACAUCAAGGAGUUAUUUAACUUUUUACACGUCGAGGAGUUCCAACGGCGACUGGAAGUUUGGAGUUGUGUGGAGUUCUACACCACUGGGACCACUCUACGCCGCACCCCUCUGGCCAGGCGCGGAGCAAAGUGGAGCGAGUCGUUGUAGCUCAGACCUCGCACGAUCUAAGUUCUAACUGUUUAUUGAGCGACGGGUUUUAGAAGAUUUCCGAAGUCUAGGAAGACAUCCCUCGUUUGCACUUUGGAAAUUUCUCGUUUAGAUUGUCGGGAUCGAGAUUGGACCUCUCAUCGUUUGGGCCAUUCUUGUAAAAUGGUGUCUGGAUAAGAUUGAGAAAUUACAGAAUAAUGUUGCAUGACGCGAGACCUCGACCUCGGGAAGACAAUCGCCUUGGAGACGUUGUCAAUGGAUCCACAAUGGAGAACCAUAAUGGGAAGCCAAGAUGGAUCGUAAGAAAACUUUUGGCAAUCGCUACAACAUUGUUGCUGUUUUCUUCAUCUGCUCGUGCACUGGAAAAUGACCCGUGUGAUUGGACUGGAAGUGGUCUGGAGAUAAAUGAGGGUGAACGAACAAUACAACAACUCAACAUGAACUGCCAAAGCGGGCAUAUCUCAUGGACCUUCCCAAGAAAUGCCCUACAUAUUACAUUUUCAAAUGGAAAAAACAAAGAGCACUUCCGCCUCUGUUUGAACAUCAAAAUCCGGGGUAACGGAGCGAACAUUUACCGGGAAACGCCGGGAAAGUUAAUGCCGCUUCUUCUGGACGACAGGCCGGAGUUUGAAAGGAACACGUUUGGAAGGGAGGUGCAUGUGCACGAUGUUUUAGACAGAUUACAGUAUGAAAGGACUUCUCCUAAAGAGGAGCAUUGUUUCGCCGCAAAGGACGGUAAAGCGAUUGUUUACGUAGAAGCAGCACCGAAUCCUUUAAGCAUUAAAUAUGAAACAACUAUUGACUAUAGAAUAGAACACUUACCGCUUUUCAGGCAUCGGUUUCACCAUGUGAAAAAAGGUAAGAAUACUUCAACUUCACAAUUAUUUUUGUUUAAGUAUGUUGUUGAUUUACAGACAGUUUUUGUAAUCAAAAUACAAAAUUCUUAUGACAUUUAAUUUGAAACAUAUUGCCACUAUAGUGAUUACAGAGACUUACGUAUUGUAAAGUGAAGCAUAUCAAUCUCCUAUCCCCUCUUCCAUAAAACAAGUUGGAAGUGAUUUUGACUGACAGUAUUUGCUCUGAGCCAAUCAGAUGCAAGGAUUUCCGUAGCUUAUAACAGAAGUCAGUGCAAAAUUUGUUUCAUGAAAACCUCACAUUCAUCAUGCUGUUUAUGGGUGAUGAAUACAUGUAGUACAGUGUAUUAGAACCUGAUGGCUAUUAUUUCAUUGAACUGCACAUCUAUGGCCAAUCAGAUGACUAAAGGGGCUUUCACAAUUGCUCGUGCGAUCGUCUGCGAUCACUUGAUCACAAUAUAUGUUGCACAGAAUCGCAACGGUUGUAAGCAGUCGCACCACCAAUUGUGAAAGGGGCUUCAACUAAAUCAAAUUUUGAAUUAAACAAAAGAACCAUAGGUUUAUAAUUGAUAUGCCUGUUUACAAAGCAAAGCAAUUCAGUUCUCUGUUUGUUUCUUUCCAGGGAACCUAGUAAAUUUCUUUCACUGGUUAAAAAUAAAUAAAGUACACUUGGAAUCCAGUUUGAAGACAUAUACCCAUUGCUAUGUCGGGUAUAUAAUUGCAAUGCUAACACCUGGCAAAGCUGUUGAUCACAUGAACAAUGUAUAUUGCAGAAUGGUAUUUCAUUGAAUAUAUCCAUAGGUACUGCUGUACUUCGUAUGUUUUUCUCUUGAUUCUUUUUCUGCGUGUUUCCUAUCAGUAUUAUUUCAACUUGGCAUUCCCACCAAACCGCAUGUACCCAUUUAUUCUCCCUCCAAAAGUUGAGUUGAGUAUCUCCAAACAUCCUGCUGUAUGUGGAGGUUCCCACAACAGUACGCAUGUAUGGGACAAAUUUUGGAUUUCAAUUGUGGGAAAAUAAUCACGUUGAAUAACACAUAUUUUGAAAACAAUUACAGACAGUCCCUUGGUGGUUGGUUGUUUUGAGUGCGUUCAUGUACCAGUUCCCAUACUCACACCUAUCUGAGUAUUGAUUCUCAUUGGUUCACACAUAUUCUGGAAAAUACAGGCAGAUCUAAGAUACCCACCCUUUUUACCAAGAAUUACCAAGAAGAAUGAGGGGAAAUGCUGUUGACGUAAAGGUCCUUCAUUUUUGUUCUGAAACACCAAAUUGAUGCACUUUUACGGGAGAAAUUGAGGUAUAUGAUGUUAUUAUUGCACAGUCUUUUAUGGUCAUAAUUUAGUCAAACUGCCAUUUGGAGGUCAGGCCCGUUGCUGAAAGAAUUGUGAUCAAACUCAAAAACUCCCAAAAUCAAUUGCAACUUGAGUUUUAUCAAUCAGAAGUGGGCAUUUAAGACUUGCAUGUGAUUUAAACGCAGUGUUAGCAGUUAGGGAUGGGGGGGAGGGGGGGGGGGACUAGGGGUGAAAUAUAAUUUGUGAUUUGAGAAUUGCCCAUUUAACAUGCAUAUUAGCUGAAUCCAAAAGACUUGUCAUCUGCGCCCCCUCCACUUUAAGAUUUGGUAUUUGUGCCCUCUUUAUUUCAAAAUUUUUGAUCAGUCACCUUUACAUGUACAUGUCGGUUGAAAAUCAGUUUACAUUUGAUUUUGAGAGAUCCGUUUGAUUGCAGUUCUUUCUGCAACGGGCCAACAGAGGCUGAUCUGAUUAUUGACUUGCAUUCAUGAGUACCAUGCAGCAAUUCAUACUUUUUGUAGAUAUUUAUCAUAGGUGAUGAAUGUUGACCUGAAAAACGUUGCGGAAUGAUGGUGAUUGCAUCAGAUGCAAAGCCUCUUGUACAGUACUGCCUGUAUCCUAUUGGGCAUGAUUCUUAAGGCUCACGAGGUUCCAUUCCUCUGCACUGUCAUACAUGUAGGAAACCCUAAACUACAAAUAUCUCCUGCCCCCCACUAUGCCCAUAUAAGGCAAUCUGUUUAAAAAAACUCUCCGACUGAUAGUGAUACCAUGGUCCAUGGUGAUACCGAUUCUGCUUCGAAAGGAGGGAUGGGAUAGCUAGAGAGAGAGAGAGAAACAAAAAGAACGAAGGGAGGAGGGUGGGGUAUCUGAUGCAGGUCCUGUCAAUGAUGAUUGGAAGGAAAUAAAAUGAUUUUGCUUUGAAAGAAUGGCUGGAGAGUGGAGAGCCAGAGAGAGAGAGCGAGAGAAACAAAAAGAAUGAAUAAAGGGUGGACGGUGGGGUAUCUGAUUCCGGUCUCAUCAAUGAUAAUUGGAAGGAAACGAAAUAGUCAGAACUUACAAGUUUAAGAUCUAUUUAAAACUCACACUGACCAACAUGGAUUCUGCAUUGAAAGAAGAGAUAGGAGAGAGUGAGCCCGAAAAAUUCUGCUUUAAAAGAGGGGUGGGAUGGGAGAGCCAGAGAGAAA